GAGCGCCGCCGCCCGCGCCGCGCCCUGUCCGUGAAGCCCAGGGACCUCCCUGAGAGAGCCCCAUGAGGGCAGGAGAGUGAUGGAGAGCACGCCCAGCUUCCUGAAGGACACCCCAGCCUGGGAGAAGACAGCCCCUGAGAACGGCAUCGUGGGACAGGAGCCUGGUACUCCACCGCGGGAUAGCCUGCGCCGUGGGGCACUGUGCCUGGGAGAGCCCGCUCCCUUCUGGAGGGGCAUCCUGAGUACCCCAGACUCCUGGUUUCCUCCUGGCUUCCCCCAGGGCCCCAAGGACACGCUCCCACUGGUGGAGGGUGAGGGCCCCCGGAAUGGGGAGAAGAAGGCCAGCUGGCUGGGCAGCAAGGAAGGACUGCGCUGGAAAGAGGCGAUGCUGGCCCAUCCACUAGCUUUUUGCGGGCCAGCAUGCCCACCUCGCUAUGGCCCCUUUAUUCCUGAGCAUAGCGGUGGCCAUCCCAAGAGUGACCCUGUGGCCUUCCGACCUGUGCACUGCCCUUUCCUGCUGGAGACCAAGAUCCUGGAGCGAGCUCCCUUCUGGGUGCCCACCUGCUUGCCGCCCUACUUCGUAUCCAGUCUGCCCCCAGAGCGUCCAUGUGACUGGCCCUUGGCCCCACCCCCCUGGGUGUACUCCGGGGGCCAGCCCAAAGUGCCCUCCGCCUUCAGCUUAGGCAGCAAGGGCUUUUAUCACAAGGAUCCGAGCACUCUCAGGGUGGCCAAGGAACCCGUGGCCACGUUGGAACCUGGCCUGCUGGGCUCAGCCCCUGGUGGACACCUCCAGAGAGCCCGAGAGGCAGAAGGCCCUUCACUGCCCCAGAGGGAUGGGGAGACCAGAGCUGGCAGGCAGCAGACUCUCUGCCCACGUUUCCUGGGGCAUCCAGACACUAUUCCCCUGCCCCACUGGCCCACUUAUCCCCCAGGCCUGGUUCAUACUCUUGGCAACGUCUGGGCUAUACCAGGCAGUGGCAGCCUUGGGUACCCCCUGGGGCCACCAGCCACCCCAAGGUGCCCCUCUCCUAGGCCUCCUACCACCCAGGGGGGCUGUUGCUCAUCCCACCCACCCGCUAGAGAGGGGGAUCUUGGUUCUUGUGGAAAGUGCCAGGAGAGCCUGGAGGGGGGUACCAGUGGGCCCCACGCAUCCAGAGAGGCAGUGAACAAGGUGCCUGGUCCCAGGGCCUGCCCCCCAAGCCACCACACCAAGCUGAAGAAGACAUGGCUCACACGGCACUCGGAGCAGUUUGGGUGUCCAGGCGACUGUCCUGGGGAUGAGAAGAGCUCAGCUGCCCGGCUCCGGGCCCUCAAGAGGGCAGGCAGCCCUGAGGUCCAGGGAGCAGCAGGCGGCCCCACCCCCAAACGUCCACCUGACCCUUUCCCAGGCACCACGGGGCAGGGGACUGGAGUGUGGCAGGAGGUGCUGGACACAUCAAUGGGGAGCAAGGCAGAGGCAGAACAGCUGGAGGAACAGAAAGGAUCCCGAGACGGCAGGACCAGCCUCAAGGACCCUGGGCUUCAGGACAUACCUUGCCCGUCUCUGUCAACGGGCAUCGCUCAAUGCCAAAGCUGUGCCCAGGCAGCUGGAGAGGUGGGUGGGCCGACCUGCCACUCCCAGCGAGCACAGAGAUUGCCUCUGGGAGGGGAGCAGCCGGAGGAAGACUCCCUGCGCAGCCCUGAGGAGGGUGGAGGGUCUGGCCUGGAAGCUGGACUCAGCAUGGGCCUCGCCAAGCACCUGCUGAGUGGUUUGGGGGACCGACUGUGCCGCCUGCUGCGGAGAGAGCGGGAGGCCCUGGCCUGGGCGCAGCGUGAGGGCUUGGGGCCAGCCGUGACCGAGGAAAGCCCGGGCAUCCCACGCUGCUGUAGCCGUUGCCACCAUGGACUCUUCAACACCCACUGGAGAUGCCCCCGCUGCAGCCACCGGCUGUGUGUGGCCUGUGGUCGCAUGUCCGGUGCUGGGAGGGCCCGGGACAAAGCAGGCUCUCCGGAGCAGUCCACGGAGGAGUGUGCCCAGGAGGCUGGGCACGCUGCCUGUUCUCUGACGCUGACCCAGUUUGUCUCUAGCCAGGUGUUGACCCAACUGAGCACUGCAAUGCACCAGGUCUGGGUCAAGUUCGACAUCCGGGGGCAUUGCCCCUGCCAAACUGAUGCCCGGGUGUGGGCCACUGCAGAUGGGGGCCAGCAGAAGGAGCCCACAGAGAAAACUCCCUCAACUCCACGACCUUCCUGCAAUGGGGACCUCAACAGGACCAAGGACAUCAAAGAGGAGACCCCAGACUCCACUGAGACCCCAACAGAGGACCGGGCCAGCCGAGGGCCCCUGCCUUGUCCCUCUCUCUGUGAACUGCUGGCCUCGACUGCUGUCAAACUCUGCCUGGGACACGAGCGGAUCCACAUGGCCUUUGCCCCUGUUACUCCGGCCCUGCCCAGUGAUGACCGCAUCACCAACAUCCUGGACAGUAUCAUCGCGCAAGUGGUGGAACGCAAAAUCCAGGAGAAAGCCCUGGGGCCGGGCCUCCGAGCAGGGCCAGGCCUGCGCAAGGGCCUGAGCCUGCCCCUCUCACCAGUGAGGCCGCGGCUGCAGCCCCCGGGGGCCUUGCUGUGGCUCCAGGAGCCCAGGCCUCGGCGGGGUUUCCACCUCUUCCAGGAGCACUGGAGGCAGGGCCAGCCCGUGUUGGUGUCAGGGAUUCAGAGAACACUGCGAGGCCACCUGUGGGACGUGGGGGCGCUGGGGGCGCUUGGAGGCCAGGUGCACACACUGACUCCCCGAGGUCCCCCCAAGCCCACCAGCCUGGACAGCACAGCCUUCUGGGAGGGAUUUUCUCAGCCCGAGAUGCGCCCCAAGUCAGACGAGGGCUCUGUCCUCCUGCUGCACCGAGCUCUGGGAGAUGAGGACACCAGCAGGGUGGAGAACCUCGCCUCCAGCCUGCCCCUCCCCGAGUACUGUGCCCACCGCGGGAAACUCAACCUGGCUUCCUACCUCCCACCCGGCCUUGCCCUGCAUCUGCUGGAGCCCCAGCUCUGGGCGGCUCAUGGCGUGAGCUCACACCGUGGACAUCUGGGGACCAAGAACCUCUGUGUGGAGGUGGCUGACCUGGUCAGCAUCCUGGUUCAUGCAGAGGCACCACUUCCUGCUUGGCACCGGGCACAGAAAGAUUUCCUUUCAGGCUUGGACGGGGAGGGGCUCUGGUCUCCCGGUAGCCAGGUGAGCACCGUGUGGCACGUGUUCCGGGCACAGGACGCCCAGCGCAUCCGCCGCUUUCUCCAGAUGGUGUGCCCUGCCGAGGCAGGGACCCUGGAGCCCGGUGCCCCAGGCAGCUGCUACCUGGACGCGGGGCUUCGCCGGCGCCUGCGGGAGGAGUGGGGUGUGAACUGCUGGACCCUGUUGCAGGCUCCCGGAGAGGCCGUGUUGGUGCCCGCAGGGGCACCCCACCAGGUGCAGGGCCUGGUGAGCACAGUCAGCGUCACCCAGCACUUCUUGUCCCCUGAGACCUCUGCCCUCUCUGCUCAGCUCUGUCACCAGGGAACCAGCCUGCCUCCAGACUGCCACCUGCUUUAUGCCCAAAUGGACUGGGCUGUGUUCCAAGCAGUGAAGGUGGCUGUGGGGACAUUAGAGGAGGCUAAAUAG